GGUAUUGUAGAGAACUUUACAUAAUAAUUCUCAGUGUUGUGUUGAUCAAGCUUACAGAAUGACGCGUUUAGUUGUAUUUAUAUUUACUUUUAUUGUGGGCACGAUGUGUACCGAGCAAGAUGGCGGGAAAGCGUACAGGAUACCAUUGAAUGAUGGUAACUCCAUACCGGCUAUAGGACUUGGAACCUUUCUGGGAUUUGAUGAGAAUGGACAGAAAGCAGUGGAGAAGCAUGAGGUGGAAUACCCAGUAACCUGGGCUCUCCAGGCUGGUUACAGGAUGAUAGACACAGCAUCAGCUUACCACAAUGAGGAUGAGGUGGGCGCAGGAGUGAGGGCUUCUGGUAUACCCAGGGAAGAUGUCUUCGUUGUCACUAAGCUUGGCUCUCAUGAAGUUAGAGAUGUGGUGAAUUCGCUGAAAAAAUCUUUGGAACGACUGAACAUGACCUACGUAGACCUAUAUUUGAUUCACAACCCCGUUUCACACAAGCCAGAUGGAAGCGGUUUUGACAUCGUCGACUAUCUAGACACAUGGAAAGGCAUGGAAGAAGCUAAAAAGUUGGGUCUAGCCAAAUCCAUAGGUAUAUCUAACUUCAAUAUCAGUCAGAUUGAACGACUUUUGGCUAGCUGCGAGAUUAAACCUACGGUUCUGCAAGUUGAGGUAAACUUAAACCUAGCCCAAAACAAGUUGCUAGAUUACUGCAAGAGUAAAGAUAUCGUAGUCAUGGCUUACACCCCAUUUGGGUCACUCUUCAGUGAUGACCCCAAACACCCAGCCCCGAGAGCUAAUGACCCCGUUCUCGUGGAUUUGGCGAAGAAAUACGGAAAGACUGUUCCUCAGAUUGUGUUAAGAUAUCUGGUGCAAAGAGGAGUAGUUCCUAUCCCGAAGUCAGUAAAGAAGAAUAGAAUUGAAGAGAAUGUGAACGUCUUUGACUUCGAACUGACUACAGAAGAAAUGGAGACUUUGAGUAAAUUCAACAAAGACUACAGGGUUGUAUUUCCCAGUUUCUGGCAGGAUCACCCUUACUAUCCAUUUGAGCGUGUAGAUGUGCCAGCUCCCGACCUAUUCAAGAAGUCGUAAUAUCUUCAAUACUUUGUGAAAACAAUAGGAGUUAUGUUUCGGAGAUAAUUAAGGCCUUGAAAUUGGUCUUUU